UUCUACUCGUUUAGCUCAUUCUUCUCGCUAAGCGACGAGUAAGCACCAGCAGACAAAUCCUCUUGGCGUGAAAAUGCACACAUGGGUAGGCCUAGACUCGUGGACACCGCCAGCCAAGUGGUCCUCCUCCCUUGCCGUAUUGCGAAGGGCUAACAUCAAGCGGCACUACGAGCGUCUUAAUCCUGAUAUAAUCUUUCAGCGUCUCAGCAUUCCCUCAGCAACAACAAGCGAAGCAUACGUGUUCCUUAGCCAGACCAUGAGCUUAGUGACCAACGGCAUUUAAUUCUUUUCAAAAUUGAAAUUACUUUUUCGACAUGUUUGUGGCCAAAACAGGAGUGAGAACGAACCACCUAACCGCCACUCAAAGCGCAAGUAACAAGGGUAAAAUAUUGCAUCUCCGGCAGCUGUGAAACAUUAAACUGAGCUGCUUAAACACGCAUUCGCGCCCUCUCUUUCAUCCGCCCUAUACCCACCUCUCUCUCACAUCGCACUGUAGUUGAAAAUUACUUUUUGCAUGUGUUUUUCAGUUUCUUUCUGUUUGUGUUUUUUUCCCAUUUUGUUUGCUGGCCCGUUUCCAUCGGUUGCCUUUUCACACAUGCCACUUAUUAACCCAAGAGUGGCAAUGAGGACUGAAAAUAUUUAUUUAGAAUACAUAACAACUUUUUAUUCCUUAUUCAGACCUACGGCUUUCUUUUAAUCUUCUUAGCUAAAACUUUUUUAAUCGGAUUUUCACCGACCUGUAGAUGCCAAAAUGGGACGCCCCCAAUUAGUGGAUACUUCGCGACAGAAAGAGAUGCCACUGCAAGUUGUGCGAAAAACUAUUGACCCAUCGACCGGGUAAUGUAAGGCGACCACUAUAGGAUUCACCACCCAGACAUUAUCAUCCUGCAAGUGCUGAGGACACGCUCAUUCCUAAUUCGGUAAGUACCCUGACAGCUAAAACAUAUCUGAUAUUAUCCACCCACUUUGCGCUAGGAUAGGCAUUUUGUUAAUCACAAAACUCGGACACAUCAACGAAAUAGCUUGGAAUGGCCCUUGGUCGUUAAAAACCGAAACCAAAAACUAACCGAAACCGUUUCAAACCGGUUCAGUGCCUCGAUAUGUUUCAGCGAAACCGCCGUUCGUAGUGGUUAGUUUUCGGGUUCUGCUCUCUGAACCGCUCCUCUCUGAACCGUUCUCUUUCCAUUUGGUUCACAGAACGGUUUUUAAAUUGCUUGCGGGCUGAGCACGCGAAUUUCAUUUAGUAAACGAACGUAGCUCAGAUACGGCGCAUCAAGAUCCGUAAACCAGAAUAAUGUCGAAAAAGUACCCAAAUCCGGUGCUUGAGCACUUUAUCUACAGCGAAAAUACGCGAAAAAGCACAUGCAAGAAGUGCUUCUUCGACAUGGCUGGUCGUCACUCCGAGAAUCUGAUGAGACAUCUCAAGCGCAAGCACGAGGAUGUCUACAAAGUUGUCCGUGCCAAGAAAUUUGCCAUACGAACCAUUCUCGAAUACCAACAGAAGGCGCCAAAACAAGGCGAAGUAUUCUCCACAGAUCAGAUCCUAUCCUCCAUGUUCCACUUCACAUCGAAACCGAAAAAGAUUCGCAUCUCCAAGGUUGCUUCUCAGUUGCCGUCGAAUGGUAGCAUAGAAACCGCCGGCUUAAUUGAUAAUGAAGUGGUGGCCGUCGGCGACAACGAAAACAACGCUUCUGGCAGUCAAUUCGAUGACAUUUUCAUAGGGAAAACCGAGCUGCCCGAUGAGGUUGAUCUGUCGAAUGACACUGAGGACACCGAACUAGCAUCAGUAGCCGUGUCCGCGGCCAUACCUUCGACAUCGUCAACGGCAGCCAUCAAUUCCACUGCCAGCUUGACUUCCAGUCCUGCUCCUGCGACAUCUGUUGCUGCUCUAACUCCUUCGGCUCCUGUGGAUUCCCCACUCGCCAGCGAUGAUGCCGUCUACCUUCAAUAUCUGGCCAACAAGCUGAGCAAGUACUCCGAACGCACCAAGAACAUAGUCCAGUUCCAGAUCAAUAGCAUUCUGUACAAAGCGGAUAUGGGAUGUUACGGAGAAGCAGACCCCAAGCUUCUCGAUUCCAAUUUCAUUUGAAUGACCAUCUUUAUGGUCUCUGUGUAAUUAAUUUUUGUAUAUUCAAUUUUGAAGUAUGUUUUAAAUAAAUUAUCCCACGAGUUGUCAAGCAG